AUGACAGAGGCAGUUCUCCCGAAAGAUUUCCUCUGGGGCUUCGCAACCGCAAGCUACCAAAUCGAGGGUGCACCCGAGGAAGAUGGCCGCGGCCCCAGCAUCUGGGACACCUUCUGCCGCAAGCCUGGCAAGAUUGCCGACGGCAGCAGUGGCGACGUCGCCUGCGACUCGUACCACCGCACCGCUGAAGACAUUGCUUUGUUGAAGCAAACCCGUACCAAAUCCUACCGCUUCUCCCUCUCAUGGUCCCGAAUUAUCCCUCUUGGCGGCCGCAACGAUCCCAUCAACGAGAAGGGUCUCCAGUUCUACGUGAAGUUGGCCGACGAUCUGAUUGCCGCGGGUAUCGAGCCGCUGGUCACCUUGUUUCACUGGGACCUUCCGGACGGGUUGGAGAAGCGGUACGGCGGACUUCUGAACAAGGAGGAAUUCGUGGCCGACUACACGAACUACGCGAGGGUUGUCUUUCAGGCCUUUGGAAGCAAGGUCAAGUACUGGAUCACCUUCAAUGAGCCUUGGUGCAGCUCCAUCCUCGGCUACAGCACCGGCUUGUUUGCUCCAGGCAGGACGAGUGAUAGAAACAAAAAUCCCGAGGGAGACAGCUCGCGCGAGCCAUGGAUCGUGGGGCACAACCUGUUGCUUGCUCAUGCCUCGGCAGUGAAGGUGUACAGAGAAGAAUUCAAGGCCAAGGACGGUGGUCAAAUUGGCAUUACCCUAAACGGCGAUUACAUGUACCCAUGGGACCCUGAGGACCCGCGUGAUGUCGAAGCCGCCAAUCGCAAGCAUGAGUUCUCAAUCUCCUGGUUCGCAGAUCCUGUGUAUUUCGGCAAGUACCCUGACAGCAUGCGGAGGCAGCUAGGCGAGCGUCUGCCGGAAUUCACUCCCGAGGAGGCUGCCCUUGUCAAAGGCAGCAAUGACUUCUACGGCAUGAACCAUUAUUGCGCAAACUACGUCAGGCACGUCGACGGGGAGCCGGAUGCGAACGACUUCCUGGGGAAUCUCGAGUGCCUUUUCUAUAACAAGGAGGGGGAAUGUGUCGGUCCCGAGACGCAGAGCCCGUGGCUCAGGCCGAACGCGUUGGGGUUCAGGAAGCUGCUCAAGUGGAUAAGCGACCGGUACGACCGUCCUGCCAUCUACGUGACGGAGAAUGGGACGAGUCUGAAGGGAGAAAGCGAGCUGCCGCUGGAGCAGCUGCUGGAAGAUGAUUUCCGGGUCCAGUACUUCGAUGAUUACAUCCAUGCGCUCGCAGAUGCGUACAGCAAGGACAACGUUGACGUUCGAGGCUACAUGGCAUGGUCCUUGAUGGAUAACUUCGAGUGGGCAGAGGGAUACGAGACACGAUUUGGCGUGUGCUACGUCGACUACGCAGGGGGGCAGAAGAGGUACCCCAAGAAGAGCGCCAGGGCCAUUGGUGAGAUCUUCGACGCACUGGUGAAGAAGGACUAG